CUAGUUAGCAGUAACCGCUAACGCAGCUCAACAGAAAUGGGAAACAGUGUGUCAGAAGUCGGGACUGGUAUUAUCAUCAUCGCGCUGGUUUGGAUAGCUGCUUCUGUGUUUGGGAUGAUGCUGCUGAGAGCAUCUGGAACCGCAAAGUUAGGAGUUAUUCCCGUGUUCCUCCUGGCUCUAUCCAUCACUUUGGCCCUGGUGUUUUUCCCUCGCAGUCCUGAGACAACGAUCCCUUUAAAAGAGAUAGAGAUCGUGGACACGUUGUUCAUCGGGCGUUACAUCCUGUUGGCGGUGGCGAGCCUUGUCUUCUUGGUGGCGUUCUUCAUGCUGCUCCCUUUUCAUCUCCUGGAGCCCGUCCAUGCCAAGGCCUUAAGAACACACUAGAGCUGCCAGGGUCAGAGCUGGCACCAGUAACACAUCACCAAUGUACAGAACUCUAACACACACAUGGCUGAUGAGAGGGGGGAGGGGCUUCACAUGGGAACAAAAUGAAGAAUGCAAGCCAAACAGAAACAGCAGGAGAGACGGUGCUUUGAUAACAGCCUGUAGGUUGUUGACUGUCUU